AUGCCGAGUGACGUUGUGAGGGUUAUUACAGGCACUUCGAGGGGUGAACAGAAACAUGUUCCAGAAUACCUACUCAAACACUCGCACGAUGCAGAUGCGGCGAUGAAAGCCUUUGAGGGUUUCGAAGGGCAGACGAUCAUUUUGACAGAGGAGGAAAACAAGAGGUUGUUGAGGAAGAUUGAUAUGCAUUUGAUGCCUAUCCUCUGUGUUGUAUACGGGUUGAAUUACCUAGAUAAGACGACAUUGAGUUAUGCUAGCAUCAUGGGUCUUAAGCUUCCUCCAUCAGGCGACAAAAACAGAAGCGGGAUAGGUAUCUCAGGUACUCAGUACUCCUGGCUUGGAUCCAUGUUUUACUUUGGUUAUCUGGCCUGGGAAUAUCCUACGAGCCGCCUACUUCAAAGGCUGCCGCUCGGCAAGUACUCUGCGUUCAAUGUCAUCAUGUGGGGGCUGGUUUUGUCCUGCUUUGCUGCGACGGAGAAUUAUGGUGGGGCCAUUGCUAUUCGAUUCUUUCUUGGAGUUUUCGAGUCUGCUGUUACACCGGGAUUUGCACUUUUCACCUCUCAGUGGUAUACUAAGAAAGAGCAAGGGACACGGACUGGUAUAUGGUUUUCAUUCAAUGGAUUCGCGCAGAUAUUCGGCGGGCUUGUCGCCUACGGCAUAGCAGUCGGAUGCCGUAAAUACGGCACUUCCCUCGAGCCUUGGAAAAUCGUCUUCCUCGUCACCGGCCUCUUGACCUCAACAAUCGGAUUCAUCUUUCUCUGGGUAGUACCAGAUAACCAAUUAAAUUGCCGAUGGCUCAGUAAAGAAGACCGACUUCUCGCGAUCGAAAGAAUUCGGAUCAACGGCCAAGGAGUUGGAAACAAGCACUUCAAGUGGUAUCAAUUCAAGGAGGCAUUGUUGGACCCACUGAGUUGGGCUUUCUUCUUUUAUGCCCUUAUUGCUGAUAUCCCUAAUGGCGGUAUAUCCAACUUCUUUUCUCAACUAAUUGUCGGCUUCGGCUACACUCCCGAACAGUCCCUCUUAUACGGAACACCAGGCGGCGCUGUGGAAAUCGUCAUGCUUAUCGGAUGCGGCUGGGCUGGUGACAAAUAUGGAAACCGGAUUCUAAUCUCCAUGUCCGGACUUUGUCUGGCAAUUUUAGGGAUGAUUCUUAUCGUCGCCCUACCACUAGGUAACAAUAAGGGGCGAUUGGCAGGAUACUAUCUCACGCAGGCCAGCCCGACGCCGUUUGUAGCAUUGUUGAGCCUGGUUAGUAGCAAUGUUGCGGGAUAUACCAAAAAGACCACUAUAGCUGCCAUGUAUCUCAUUGGCUAUUGCACGGGGAACAUAAUUGGUCCUCAGACCUUCCGCGCUGAAGACGCUCCCCGGUAUGUUCCGGCCGAGAUCACCAUAAUUGUUUGCUGGAGCGUCUGUUUGGGUAUUCUUACCUUCAUAUACGUACACUGCGUAUUGCAGAACAAUAAGAAAGCGAAGGUCAGAGCAGAGCCUGGAUAUGUCAAGCUAGAGAACCAAGAAUGGCUUGAUCUCACCGACAAGGAGAAUCCGGAAUUCAUAUAUACGCUUUAG